AUGCAGGUUUGGGUCGAUUACGAUGGUCUUUCGCAUAAAAUCGAUGUGACGAUGGCUCCGUUCAACGAGGAUAAACCUAGAAAACCGCUUGUUUCUACUGUCAAGGAUCUAUCUUCGGUUCUUUUGCAAGAUAUGUUCGUUGGUUUCUCGUCUUCGACUGGUCUAUUGCGUCGGAACAUUUUGUUCUGGGUGGAGUUUCAGGUGAAGGGAAAAGCUCCGCCGUUGGCAUUAUCGGAACUUCCAAAACUUCCGAAGUUUCCAAGGUCUAGGCCCACGACCAUACAGAGGUUCUACAAGAAGGGAUGCCAUUAA